ACUGGGCUGAUUGUGACUUUUCCUUCCGGCUUGUGUCAUUUUAUAUCAACUCAUCUUUGAACUUUUGACACAUAAAGCAGCCGUCUCUGAUAAAAGGCACAAAGGAUUUUCAAGCUGUCCCUGCAGCAGCGGAUCCACAAUGGAGUUGAUGAUAAGAACUGAGAUUAUUCUCUCGGUGUAUAUCCUUUCCUUCGUGAUUGGCUUCCCAGCCAAUCUCCUGGCACUUUAUACCUUCAGCGUCAAGAUCCACUGCAAGCCACUUCCAACAGACAUCCUGCUUCUCAACCUGACGGUGUCCGACCUGCUCUUCUUGAUCAUCCUUCCCCUCAAGAUGCACGAGGCGACAUCUGGCAUGGAGUGGAAUCUACCCAACUUUUUAUGCUCCAUCACCGCCUUCACCUUCUUCUCCACAAUCUACACCAGCUCCUUGCUGCUGAUGGCCAUCAGCGUUGUCCGCUACGUCGGAGUGGUUUUCCCUAUUGCCUAUCAACAUCUGAAAAACCCCGUGUACCCCGUUGUUAUCAGUGCUGUUAUCUGGCUGAUCUCAGCAGCACACUGCAGCAUCACGAUCAUCGUCCAGCACCACCCAUCACUCUCCAGCUCCAAUUCCACCAUGUGCUAUGAAGACUUUACAGAGAAGCAGUUGGAGGUUCUCCUCCCAGUGCGUUUGGAGGUCUUCUUCGUCCUCUGCCUUGUGCCGCUUCUGAUUUCUAUGUACUGCUACCUGCAUUUAAUUUUGAUUCUGUACAGUCGUCCAAGGAUAUCCAGAGCGCAGAAGAAGAAGAACAUUGGGAUGGCUUUGGGGACUCUUGCUGUGUUCAACAUUUGUGUUCUGCCAUACAAUUUCUCUCAUGUAAUGGGCUACUUCCAGGGUACGAGCCCUCAAUGGAGGUACUAUACGUUGCUUCUCAGCACGUUAAACACCUGCAUUGAUCCCAUCAUCUUCUAUUUCUCCUCAUCCAUCUUUCAUUGCACCAGCAAAAAAUCAAUUUUCAGGAGACAUGGUCUUAACGUUGCACAGCUACAAAUGCAGAGCACAAAUUCUGGCUGAGAGUGAAACGCAUCAAUGACGUAAACAUAAGAUUUAACAGUAAAAAGACACGCAGUCAGAAUGUGGCAAUAGAUGCGUCAGUUGUUUAGAACACCUUUAAGGUAAUUUUGUUCCACUUUUUUGCAGCUUUUUUUACAUUUACCAUCCAUUCUAAGACAAAUGGAUAUACCGCUUUUUAAUAAAAGCACAAAACAGUUUGGUGGUCAUGCAAACUCCCACUUUUUAUUCGUCUCCAGGAAGUUGAGUAUAUUUAAAUGGAUGACAUGGUUUUCAGUUUGAAUGUGGUUUUUCAUGCUUCCUUUAGCGUGGGCCUGCUACUCUCCUGCACUCUUGCAUUCUGUAGGCACACAUGUAGAAUAUACCUGUGAAAAAACAACAAAAAUAAGCUGUAAAACAUCAAAUAAAUGCAACUAUUAUCUUUUAUACAAUGCACCGACAACACAAAAAGAAAAUAAACAUUUUAAGAAAAAUUUAAAAUGAAAAUGCAUGAGCCAACCUGCAAAGAAGUUCAUGAGCAGUGCCACCCAGCCUAGUAUGUAGGACCAAGAGAAACGCCAGUCACCAAAGCGCUUGCCCAGGAAGUUUACCGUCACCCCGGUGUAAAUGGCCAUUGCAAGGAGAACAAAGAGUGCUAGUGUGGAGGCAGAGAGUGACACCUCAUAAAAACCCUCUCCUUAGAAUUAAAGGAUGUUAUUUGGAUGUUGCUUUGGCAACUGUGUUAUUUGUCCAACAGAGGUUUACAUUUCCUUGCAGUAUAGUCAAAUCACUUGAUCACUAUCAUAUUAUUUGUGGAGAGAAAAUUAGCUCGUCAUUAAUGGUUAACAAUGUCCCAUGACUCACUUGACACAAAGAACAUGAUCCCAGCAGCGAACGAGCGGUUGAACCUCUCAAAAGCAGAGAAGUGAGCAAACGAGAGGAUUCCUGCGAUGAUGCCAGCGAAGCACGACAUGGCAGACAAGAUCAUGAAGGCUCGAGUGGCGUUCCAGUAGGCUGAGGACGACAAGAGAAAAUACUUUGAAGUGAUGUACAGAGAAGAAAUAUUUCAUUUUGCAAUUUAUUUCCCAAAUGCAAUAUUUUACCAGAGACAACGUUGCAUUUAUUUUUUCCUCUUACUCAAUCAUAAACUUGAAAGGCGUUCUGGUGUGUUCUGGGACUCACAUGUUUUCUUUAACUGUUGUACUUGCAUGUGGAAAAAUGCAGUGUAUUUAAAGUGGACAUAUACUUGUUAUUAGGAUGUGCUGUGGUCUCUAAAAUGAAUGAAUGCUUUGAGUUGAUUUCUGUGAAGGAAAAAGAGUCCUUGCUCUCCAGUUUCAGGAAGCAUAAUUAGUCACAGGAAAGGGGGACAAAAAAUGCCAGGAUUUGGAGUUUUGUUCAUUAAUAUUCAUGAUAUGCAACUAUAUUGCCUCUGAUUGGCCAACUGCAACGACUCUUCCACCGCCUCUGUUUGCUCUUCUUUCUUGUAUAAAAAUGUGGCAUAAAUGGUUAUCUCCACAAAACAACACAAGCCUGAAAGUGUUCUGCCAUUUUGUGCAAUGCUAAUGGUUAGCUUCUACUAGUCGAGAUGCACUCUGCCCUCUCCUGGUUGGUAAAUCAACACGCCCUCCCACAGGGCACCGCUGUUCCUGUGGUGGUCUUCCUGGAGUUUCUUGUCUAUAAGAAAUUGCACCAACUCUGCAUCGGUCUAGGUAUGGAGAAAAAAGGUGUGCAUGCUCUGUGUUUGACACCUAUAUGUUAUUGGAUUUCUAAUGUUAUUGGCCAAUGCUGAGUGGCGCUCAAUUCAAAUUGCAUGAGGCUCUAUGGGACAAUAGGGCAGGCUUAGCAAAAAUAAACUGUGUAUUGCUUACAUUAUAUUACAGUACAAACUUAUACCAAUUUCUAAAAAAAGUCUCAAUAAUUCCUGAAAGAAGGAAAAUUCCAGAUUGGGCUGUGGUUGGCAAUAAAUACACUAUGAAUGAAUUAUUACCAUAUGCUUUCAGUAACAUAAUUCUUACAUAUCCAUAUGUUGUUCGGCGCUGUGGUAUCUUGGUUCUGUUCAAUAGAAUUCAGUGCAGUUUAUUUAUAUAGUGCCAUCACAAGGCACUUCACAAAGUAUGUUGUGGUUUUAUCUCUCUUCAUUUUCGCUCUUUCUGCAGGUCUAGAAGUGGAAUUUUGUACCUCUUGUGUUACUUCUUUUACUGAACCCCUCCCCCACCCAACCCAUCUAUCUUCAUAUCUUCUUCCACCUUUAUCUUCAUCCCUAAAGGGAGCCUAAGUCAUGCCCAUCUACUUCCAGUCCGCAGGUCCCCUAAUGCCAAAGAAAAUGAAUGGGAGUCCAUGGGCCAAUAAAAAUUAUUUUCUGAUCCUGUUUGAUAUGCACCAUGGAUUUCACAUAUGCUGUCCAUUUUAAAUUUUAAAGACAUAUUAUGAUGCAAAGAAGGAGCUUAUUUUCAACAGAUAUCAAAAGUUACUUUAGGUUUUGUGUGAAAAAACGUGGAGAACUCCAAAUAAUUAUCCCACCAAAUUCACAACAUCAGACCGUCUGUAUUUAUUCACUGAAUUUUGAUAUAUAAUAAUGAAAACCACUUGAUGAAUGACCUUGUUGCAACUUGAAGUUCAAAAACGAGUUCACUUAAAAAUCCAAAAUAAAACUACACUAAAAAAUUCAGUAAGUUUAUAAAUAAAAAAAACUGAGAUAAAACAAAAAAAAAAAGAAGUCUUUUAACAGCCAUCAUCAGAUGUAUAUAAGUGAGUGUCCUCCAUAGGGUUAAAUAGAUCUUACUUAAAUACAUUUGCAGUGGAAUGCCUUGUAAGUUGUACUCUGGGAAUAAAAGCUCCGGUGCGCCUGUUUCAGCUCAGAGAAUUUAGCCAGAGAAUAAAGUAGCUUCAGACUACAGGAUUUGGAGUCUUCUUUCCUGAUAUUUGGACAUCUCACCUCUGAUUGGCUAACAUCAACGCAAUGCUAUUGACUCUGUUUGCUUUGAAACAUGGAUGUUAUAUCUCCACAAACAGCCAGUGUUGGGAAUACGUUUUGAAACUAAUUAG